AUGACGCGAAAACCACACAAGAAAUCACGAAACGGGUGUGUCGAGUGUAAGCGGCGGCAUAUCAAGUGUGACGAGGGGAAGCCACAGUGCGCCAACUGCGUCGUGGUCGAGUCGACGUGCGAAUACGCAGCAAUACGGCGCCGCAAACUGAGCCAGGCCCAACUGCGACGGGAUGCAGCACGGAAAUCGGCUGCCCCCAGCGACCUCCCAAUAAAGAGGUCCAGCUCCCAUGCAGAGGUGCCAGAAGCGGCGGCUGCUGCAGCAACGACGCCGUUGACAACCGUAUCGCCGGGGCACAGCAUCUCAUCUCAGCUCGUCGCAGAUCCAGAAGCAUCCGCCGCCGUCAACAUCCACCACAUGCGUCUCAUCCUCCACUUCUCCAUCUCCAAUGUCGCCCCCGAGAUGCCGGACCACGUCGGCAAGGACGGCACCGCGCUCGUCCUGCGCCUGGCCCUGGAGACGCCCUAUCUCCUGUACCAGGUGCUGGCCAUCUCCGCGCGCCACCUCGCCUACCUGCACCCGGCCGACUUCCAGUACUACUACAGCCAGGCCAUUGCGUUGCAGACGAGCGCCAUUGAGCGCUUCAGCGCCUCGCAGCCCGUCCGCAGCGACGCCGCCAUGCCCGCCGUGCUCUUCUCGGCGCUGCUGUCCCGCCACUCGCUCGUCGACACGCUGUACGCGGUACAGACCGACUUUGUCGCCUUCAUCGAUGCCUUUGUCCAGUGCGCCCAGCUGCAGCGGGGCACCCGCGCCGUCGUCGCCCGCGUGUCGUGGUCCGCCCUGCUCGCCUCGGAGCUUGCCCCGUUUCUCCACUGGGGCCGCAACACCGCUGCCAGCGAGCGCGUGGCGAAACGCGGCCGUGAGUGCGACCAGCUGCUGCGGCUCGUGGCCAUCACGCCCGGCCUGGAUCCCGUCGCUCGCGAGGCGUGCCGUAGCGCCGUGCAUCAUCUCCAGGCGGGCCUCGAUGACUUGGCCGACCCCACACCGGAUAAGAAUUCGUAUCAGAUGAUUACGGGUUGGCCGGUUUUCCUUUUGGAAGAGUUUCUGGAUUUGCUCAGCCGCCAUCGCCCCGAAGCGGCUGCCAUUAUGGGCUGGUACGCAGUGCUGCUGCAUCGCGGUCGGCAUAUGUGGCAGAUUGGCGACGCUGGCGCUUUUAUUUUGUCUUCUCUCGUCGACUACUUGGGCGCGGAGUGGUCGCAUUGGCUAGAGUGGCCGCGCUUCAUUAUUGAGAGUUGA